UUGAAGAAAGUGAAACAUCACCUAUGAGCGAAAUCCGUGAUGUUAUUCAAGAUGAUGAAAAUAAUGAUAAAUAUAGAAAUUAUGAUGGUGAUCAAUAUGGGGAAUAUGAGAAAGAUUAUUAUUAA